AUGAGCGAUACCUGCUCAUUCAAGCCAACGUUGCGCAUCUCGUUUUAUUUUAGAAAAAUUGCUUGAUAUAUCCGACGUGAUUCCUCUCCUGGUUUGCCACAGUUCCUUGGUCUUCGGCCUGUGACGGUUUUCUUUGUGUUCUCUCCCUGAACGGGGAUCACAGAGAGCAGAUAUGUAUAAUGGUAUCGGGCUGACCACACCACGAGGCAGUGGCACUAAUGGCUACGUUCAACGAAACCUGUCCAGCGUUCGUGUUAAGAAGAACAGAGAUGAGCGUGGUGGAGAGAGGGAUGAGAAGGACCGAGAGAGGCUGGAGAGCCAGCUGAACAGACAGCCUAAUGCUGAUAUUCUGGAGCACCAGAGGAAGAGGCAGCUGGAGGUCAAAUGUGCUGAGCUGCAAGACAUGAUGGAGGAGCAGGGGUACUCAGCAGAGGAGAUUGAAGAGAAGGUCAACACCUUUCGUAUGAUGCUGCAAGAGAAACAAGAACCGCCACCACCUCCAACAGAGAGGCCAGCUGUGACCGAAACUCAUGCUCUGGCAGCUGCUAACCAGCAAAAGAAUGACCGUCUGAGAGAAGCGUUCGGUAUCAGCUCUGACUAUGUUGAUGGCUCGUCCUUUCAUCCUGAACGCAAGGAGCGAGAGAAAGAGAAGAGGGAGCAGGAGAGACUGGAAAAAGAAAAGCAGCAGCAGCAGAAGUACCAGAUGAUUGAGUCUGAAAUCUCUGAUUCCUCUCUUGAUCAAAAAAAGAGCCAGAAGAAGAAAAGAAAGAAAAACAAAAGCAGAGAGAGCUCUGAGAGCCCCUCACCCUCCCCUAAACGAGAGAAGAACAGAAACAAGAAAAAGAAAAGGGAGGAUUCAGUGAAGAGUGACACUGAGAGCAGUUCAUCAGACAAAGAAACAUCCAGAAGAAAGAGGGAAAGGAGUGAAAAUGUUACUCCUCCUCCCAGUAAGACCCGCAAGUGGCAGAGUACAUCCUCCAGCCCAGCACUCAGCCAAUCCCCUCUGAGAGAAAAACAACAAAAUAAAUCCGACUUGCGCACAGAGGAGGUGAGGAAAGGAAGAUCUCCUGACAGGAGGUGGCAUUUCCACAGUGAGGAAAGCCCAAAGAGGGUGGAAAUCGGAAAGAGGUCACCAAGACGCUCAAGAUCCCCUGAGCAAAACAGAACCAGCAAAGACAGAGAAUGUGAGAGGGAACAAGUACAAGAAAAAUCUCAGAGAAGACGACAUGACUCCUCAUCACCAUCUCCUCUACGACAGCAGCAGACGGAGAGACGACACUGGCAUGAAAAGGGAGAGAGAGACAAAAAGAGAGAGAAACUCCCUCAAUCAAGUAGACAUAGUACCUCAUCUCCAUCUCCACCACGGAAGCAGCAGAGUGACAGGCGACAACGGAGUGAGGAGAGAGAGAAACCAUCUCAAAGGAUGAGACGUCACUCUUCUUCUCCAUCUCCGUCAACUAAGCAUCUGAAAGAUAAGACACAGCAGAGCAUAGACAAGAACCAAGGGGAUGAUGGCAAAAAGGACAAAGGUCUGAAAAGACAUGACUCCUCCACAUCCCCUUCACCCUCUCCACGUCUAGACCGAACAAGAAGAGGACACAGUGGAGAGAAAGAGAGAGCAACUUCCCCAAGAGCUGCUUCAGACAGAGAAAAGGAGAGACUUGGAGACAGAGUGAGAGACAGGCAGAGGAAUAGUGAUAGAGACAUCAUCCCAUCUAGUAGAAAUGAUGGUCGAGGAUGGGGGAGUGAUAAAGGAAAGGAAAGAGAGAGAAAUCGAUCUUGUGACUCCAUCUCUCCUGCCAAGUAUUCACCUUACGCUAAUGGAAGACAAAAAGUAAGAGAUCAGGAAAUGGAGAAGGAAAGAGAAGAACAGCGAGAAAGGGAGAGGAGAGAGCAAGAGAUGAAAGAAGUGGCUAAGAGACAACAGGAGAAAAGAAAAGGCAGAGAGAGUGAGAGAGAAAUUGAUAGAAACCGUCAUGGUGACACCAGGAGAGAGGAGAUGCCCAGGUCAGACUGGCCGUCCUCUUCUAGCAGUCAGCCGGAAGACAGACAAGGUGCCAGAGGAAGUGAGACAGAGUGGGACAUGCAGGAAAGGAAAGACAAGAGAAUAGAGGACAAGAGGCAGGAAAUAACUCAAGAUAGUAGUUCUCAGGCCAGGGACAAGGAACGAAAUGAGAAAAAAAUGGAAAAUGAAAAGCUGGGGGAGAAAGACAAGUCCAAAACUGCUAGUAGCAGUAGUAGUAGUAGUUGUUGUAGUAGCAGCAGCAGCAGCAGUAGUAGUAGUAGUAGCAGCAGCGAGAGUGACAGUGACAGCUCAUCAUCUUCUUCAUCAUCUUCCUCAUCAUCAUCCUCUGAUGAUGAAAAGAAACAGAAGAGUUCAAAACAGAACAGCUGCCCUGGUAAAUUGGUUCCUCAUGCUGUCAUUGCUCAGGCUAUUGCUCGCAGAGAGAAAGAGAACAGAGGAAGGGAUGGAGAAAAUGUUGAGGGUAGAAAGGCCCAAAGACAGAGCUCACCUCCUGAGGCCCAGAGAAAAGACGAAGACAUAGAUAGGAGAACAAAGGAUAUGGAGAGAGACAGGAGGUCUGUCCACUCCUCAUCACCCUCAACAGGAACUCAAAGGAACAGUCAUCCUGAGAAAGACAGGAAUCAGGGGAAAGAGAGGUACACUCCCACUGAAAUUUCUAGCCCUCCUCCUUCUCCCCCUCAGAGAGACACAGAGAGAGCAACCCUGGGAGGGGGCAGGCACAUGCCUUUAGAAGAGAAAAAAUCUCAAAGUAGAGAUCCAGAGAGGCCCAGAGAUAGAGAGCGAUACACCUCUUCAGAGCUGGAACGAGAAUCCUCAGGCCGUUCGCCUGGAAGAGGAAGGGAUCAACACAGUAACCGAAAAAAGGAUGCGUUACCUUUGUCUCUGAGGGGAAAAGGAAGGGAUGAAGGCUCACAGGUCAAGCAGACAGCAUUACGACCAUCACCAAAACGCACUCCACCACGACAGUACCAGGAUCCGCAACGAUCACGCUCCCCCAGUCCGAGACGAGGGGUGAGGAGACCCUCACCACCACGCAACUCAUCCCCUUACCGACGGGAUCGCAGCCGGGAACGACUCCGAGAAAGAGAGAGGGACAGACUUAGAGCAAGGCCAGGAGAGGGAGAGCGUUCCAGGGAAAGGAGAACAAGGAACAGCAGAUCCAGGAGUCCUCGUAGACAAAGUCCUCUCUAUAGGUUUCGUCGUACACCCUCGCCAGUACGUCGGCGCAGAAGUAGCCGAUCUCUAUCAAGAGAAAGGGAGCAGGAGAGGAGGAGAAAUAGAGAGCGAGAAAGGCAGCGUGAACAGGUCAAAGUAAGAGAGCGAGAACAAAGAACAAGGGCACCUCCUAAAGAUCCCUCUCCUCCACACCGCUCUUUAUCCUCGUCCUCUUCGUCCCAUUCCUCCUCGUCAUCCUCACCCUCUCCUCAAAGAGAGACGAAGGUUGUGAAAUCUACAAAUGCAGAUAAAGACAGAACUAAGCAAUCAGAAAGGAAAAAUACUUCCCCUCCUCAGCAGACUCCUCGUCUCCUUUCCAAUCAGUCAGAUCUUCGCUCUCAUUCACUUGAACAUCCUGCGCGUUCUAGAUCACCAACCACCAACCAAUCACAAAGCAGGGAUCCACCAGGUGACCGGCUAAGAGGCCAGUCUCCUUCAUCAAUGCAAAUAAAUGAGUUGUCUAUAAGAGGAAAGACUGCAGUGAAUGGCAAACCAGAUAAGGAGAGCUCAGGGCAACAGCAGAAGAGCAGGAGAAGCAGCUCAAGUUCUUCAUCUUCAUCUUCAUCAUCGUCGUCCUCUUCAUCAUCAUCUUCAGACAGCUCUUACUCCGAAGCAGAGAAAGGAAAAGGGGGUGAUAAAGUGGGUAAAAAUAGAGAUUCUGGUAAGACUACGAAAAGCAGAGCUGCUCCAUCAUCGUCGUCAUCUGAAAGUGAGCCAGAAGAAAAGAAAAGUCCACCGCGCCCCAAGAGAGUGCCAGCAGACUCGCUGAGAGACUCCAGGUCACUCAGUUACUCGCCUCCAGUGAGACAAAGGAGACUUGCACACUCUCCACCCACUCAACGCAGUGCAAGCAGGAAGUCAAGAAGCAGAUCUCCAGACAGUCGACGGAGGAAAUAAGUACAUAAUUGUUCACUUUUUAAUUUUCUGGACUCUUUUAUCUGAUGCUGACUGGACUGUAUCAUCUCAAUAUCACAUGGAUGAGACUGCAUUAGGAGAGGCUGAAAAAUGUGACUAGCUGCAAUGGUGACCACUUCACCAUUAGUAGAAGACAAAGGUCUCACAAAACAUGGUUCUUAAGAACUCAUCCUAAAGGGGAGGAUUUAUUUUUUCUUUUAUUAUGGUGUUAUUAAUUUUCACGAUGAGGCUUGCUGAGACACUGACAUUCUCUAUAGCUCUGUGCCAACAGAUCCUGGACCCUAUUUGUAUACAUACACAAAACAAAAAUGUGCAUAUGUCCAGUGCUCUUCUAUCUGCUACAUUGUUCUGAAUGUAGAUGAACGUCUGUUAUUUUGUGAUCAGAAUGGAGGUGUUCUGUUCCUAUGUAUGUGGACAGUGUCUGUUCUUUUUUGUUUCUUUGUGGAAUAAAGAAUUAUGAAUAAUUCAACAGCA